AUGGGCCAACAACAUCUGACGAAGGUGAUGGCUUUAAGCAUGUUACCCAAUCACAGAGCUCCACUGGUGCAGAGGACAGAAAUAAAAGAUAACUUACAGGGCAGAAUAGUAAGAUUUCAGACAGAUCGUUGGACAGUACCUUGGACUGGACAAACCAUUGCUCAGGUCAUGAUUUUAUGGAUUGCCACAUUUUGGCUUGUGGGUUCCUGGAUAGUGCCAUUCUUGGCUCAUGCUGCUGGGUUUAGCAAGGAAACAUUGACGCACAGGGGCCAAGCACUACAUAGUCUCUUGACAGACAUAACAGAAGGCCUUGCUGGGAUUGUAGUCCUUCACCAAUGCCUUGGUAGAUUCCGGCCCCUUCCUCCAGGCUGGUUUGAGUUUAAUUUGAAGGGCAGGUGGCAUUUGGAUGUAGCGUUUGGGUGCCUCUUAUUCCCAUUGGUCAAUCUGCUCUCUCACAUAAACAUCAGCCUGGUUCCUAUGUCACCAGGUCCAGUCGUCGGGGUGUCCAGUGUAGAACAAUCCAUUGUGGCCCGUGGCCCAGUGGUGAUGGCCCUAUACGCAGUGGUAGUCACCGUAUGUGCACCUAUAUGGGAAGAAAUUGUGUUCCGAGGAUUCCUUCGCCCAUCUAUAACACGGUACAUGCCAAUUCCAUGGUCUAUCCUAGCAAGUGCUGCUGCUUUUGCGCUCGCUCACUUCAAUGCAGAGGGUGAUGCCUUUAGUGUUUCUUGGAGUGGUGAUGGGAGGGGUUUUUGCAAGAUCACGCAACUUAUUGGCCUUGAUGGUGCUGCAUAG